AUGGCUACGAAUACGCAUACCCGAAGCCGCAGCCAGUCUGCCGGCCCCUCGUAUGUUCACAUAGAAGACGAGGUAGUCUUCCCAUUGCCCGUUACCGACGCGUCCACGAAUCACGGACCCCCGCCUCGGGUAACCGACAGCACCGAAGAACCCGUGAUGGUGGACCAGAACCAAGAGCACGCCUGGUUCUGGCCCGACAUCUCGACGCCACCCGUGCAAGCCGCACAAGUGCGCGUACAGGCUCCACCCACGCCCGGUCCGUCUCGAAGGACCCACGUCAACGACCAAGCGCGUCGCGAGCACCAGGCCGUAUACGAGCGACAAAGCCGUACCCGUCCUGAGCCGCCACGACACACGCCAGCCGUCGUCCCAGACGAUGAGCUGUACGGGUUCGAAAUACUCGAGGAGCCGCCUCGAAGGAGACGCCAAACGGGUGGACGAACCGAACCAGUCCCGCGGGAGCGAGCACCUCGCCGGGCCGGGCAAUACGCAGCCCAUCAGCGGCGGCAAGAUGGAGGCUACAGCAGCAACUCCAGCGGGGACGAUGUCCGCCGAACCUUCCCGAGGCCGAGUCAGCCAGACUACUCGUCUGAAUCAGACGACGACGUACCUCGACGACCCCACCGAGGGCGUAGAACUUCGCGCCGGCGCGUCCCUCCUUCACGACUGAUCACCGACCUGCCACUACCGGGAUCAAAGCGCGCUCCUACACGUUUUACUGGAAGAUUCGACAACGUUUCGAGUUGGCUGGAGCUCUACGAAGACAUGUGCGCUAAGUAUGGCGUGACCGACCCGGACCAGAUGUGUCGAGGACUUACUCGGUACUGUACCAGGAAGGUACGCGAAGUAAUCGAGGCCAUCCCCGCCUAUCAGAACCGAGACUGGCCACGUCUGUACCAGGAGAUCGAGCACCUGUACGACGCUGACUUCUACGAUGAGCAGUACCAAGUUUCCGACCUGCAAGAGUUCGUGGAUAAGAUGGUCACACGGAAGAUGGGGAAGCUUAGCUCCUACAAGAAAUACUCACGAGAGUUCAUUCGUCGCGCCGGACGGAUGAAGAACAACGGCACCAUCUCCGAGUACGACUACUUGAGGUUCUUCUGGAUGGGCAUCAACCCGAACUUGCGCAAGGACGUGCGCGACCAUCUCGUUCUGACGUAUCCCAACCACAACAAGAAGCGGCCGUGGUCCAUUGAGCAGAUAAACGAGAUGGUCGGGGUGCUGCUUCGUCGCGGCGCGUUCGAUAACAUCUUGCAAGAUGACCUGGACGACGAUAGCGAAGUGCCGGCUUCAGAAGAGGAAUCGAGUGCUAGUGGAAGCGACGACGAGAAGGAGUCAGACAAAUCAAAGAAGAAGAAGAAAUCGAAGGUGGUCGAACGCACUCGAAAGACUCCAAGCGCUCGCGUAGCCACCGUGCGAGCGGACUCCCUCGCCGCAGCCACAGAGAAGCUGGACCGCCGUAAUCGACGCGAAGUGGAGGACCUGGUCGCCGAGAUGGCCCCUCUACCGCGAACUGAUCCUUCCUACGCAGUGCUGUACUACAAGGCAGCAACGCGCGACGAGACGAUUAAGCAAUUCUGGCCACGGCCGAUCACCGACGCAGACGACGUACCUGGAGCAGCGAAAGGGAAGACCGCGAAGGGAUUCCUCGCCCAGAGCUAUGCGGCCACAGCGAACGCAGAACAGCCGCGAGACGCACCGCCUCAUCAGCAGCGUACGACAUGGCAGCAGCGCAGCUCUAACACCGACCCGGAUUGCUACGGAUGCGGAGACCCCGGACACCGCUUACAGCAAUGUCCCGAAGUGAAUGAUCUCCUACAACGGAAGAUCAUUCAGUAUCAGAACGGACGGCUAGCACAUGCAAACGGCGCACCGAUCCGGAGACGAGUUGGCGAAAAGAUAGCCCAGGCGGCAAGACGUGAGCACGCGGCUCACAACUCAGGGAGCACGGCCGAGAAGGUAUCGGCCGCCGUGUCGAACUACGUCGGGCUUGUCGCCAGCUGGGAAUCCUCCGAGGAUGCGGACAGCGGUUCUGAGGACGAAGCAGAAGGCGGAUUCGUAGGAAUGGCCGCGAUCCAGGAUGCAAGUGAUUCAGAUGAUCUGGAAGACGAGAUUAGUGCCAUGGUAUUCGAGGCGACUGAAGCCACCACAACGAAGAAAAAGAAAUACGCACCUGGAGCAUCCGGGCACCGCACCCGAUCCUCUACGGGAACAGCGACGCGUAAGCCGGCGAAGGACCUCGAAGAAUUCGAGAUGGCGGCAAGAAAGAAGUCCGGGCGUACGACAUCGCGUAUACCCGGCGAGACGCGCGCACAUCCGCGAUCAACUGGGAACAAAGGGAAGGCCAGAGAUGGAUCCGGAGAGCAGAAGACCACGAGGUUCGCAAAUGUCGAGGUCCAGCAAGUCCCUAGCGCAGAAGACGUCCUGAUGGUAGACCCAGAAAACGACGAGAAUUUUCUGGAUGACAUGGAGGCUAUAGACGAAUUAUCAGAUUCGUUUGAUCCUAUGCCGGUCACAGGAGAGUCACAUACCGAGAAGGUCGACGAGGGUGCACAAACCCAGAGAGCGGCGCAACGCGCAGCGGAAAUCCGGAGAGAGAGAGCCCGCGAGGUGGAGGAUGGUGGCGAACCAGAGCCAAAGCCCAAGUCGCGUCCGCGCGUGAGUGCCAUCUCGGCAACGGCCGACUGCGACUCUGCCUACGACGCGUUUCUGGACAAGACGCUGAACAUCUCACUCCGCGACCUCAUCGUUCUCUCCGACUAUGUGCAGAACAGGUUAGUCAAGGACUGCAAGAAGAAAUCGGGGGACGUAGCUAAAUCAAUCCCGAAGGUACUGGCGACCAAGCUACUAGCCCGCGGAUUUGCGUCAAUGGGACGAUCGCCCGCGCGCGGCGAGCUACUCGAGUUCGAAGUGGUAGUGAAUCGACGCGAAAAGAUCUCGUUGGAGGUCGCCCACGGCGAAACGGUGGACUUACACGGGCUAGUACAAGACGUGCCACUCGCGCUAGGCGGCGCAAUCCAUACGCAGGCAAGUUUCUACCGUAUGGAUCACCCCGUCAAUUACCAACUACUGCUAGGCAGACCCUGGCAGCGCAGCAACAUGGUGAAUAUCGAAGAACGCCAAAACGGUACGUACCUGGUGUUCCGCGACGGCCAAGACAGAAUAACUUAUGAUAUUCUGGUGACGCCAGUCGACCGCGACACGGUGUAUGGCAGGGACGGGAAGAUGAAGGUUGAUGGCGCAGCCCAGUCAAACCUUGUACGAGUGGCGCGCCACAACCCCCGGAACUUGGACGAGGAGGCCUGUGACAGCCCGAACGGCUCGGCGAACGACUCCAGCGCCGAAAGUUCGCCCGUCAAUUCGGACAGCAAUAUUCUUGACGACGACCUGGCUUACGGGAAGCGCACCUACCGUAUAAAAGCUCGUCCAGGCGAGCAGUGGAAACCCAUCAUCCACUCCUCCUCGAGUCGACGCAGGCCGCCGACUCUACUCCAGCCUUCUCCGCCUUCGCUCGCACUGCCGGUCAGUGCGCCUACCUUCGACCUUCACCGCCUCGAGUCUGCCGACCGCGCGCCAACACGCCCGCCUCGACAAGCAUCUCCUCGACCUUCAAGAUUUCCGCCACGCACGCGCUCUCGCUGGACGACAGCGCCCUUCUCCUUCUCCUCGUUACCUACCUACUCCUUCUCAACUAUGCUCUCGGUGGCAGACUGGUUGCUGGGCUCGCGUCGCGCCUUCGACAACGACCCUACGGACCACGAGGCCGUCCGUUCAGGGGACCACGUCAACGCCGCCCGUUCGACGGAUAUCCUGGCGAGGUGCUCUGACAGCCGUGUCGACCCGCCGCGCGGCCUAACUGCCAUCUACAACUUGGCGAUGAGCGUAUUCUCCCCGCGUGGCUUCCAACUUUCGGGCGGUACCUUCUGCGACCCUGCAACAGGCGAGACCAAGAGCAUCGCCGAGUACGCGCUCAUCAACCCGGUCUUUGGCUACGAGGACGACUCUACGGAUAUCGAGAGCGGCACCGUCUGGACAGCCUACGCGGGUAGCCGGCUCAACAUCGACGCUCCCGACCGUGCCCGCACCGUCGUGCACAACCGCGCCAUCCUGUACGUGCAGUGCAUCGGGUCUGGUGUUCCCGCCACGGUAGAACGCACGCCGGGCACGCAGUUGUCGAUCCUAGGGCCCGACGACGUCCUGCCACGGGUAGGCGAGCCGCUGCCUAGCUUCUUCCCGCACUUUGUCCAGCACAACCCGUCUAUCGAAACGGCACCGACGGACCGCUCGUUCGAGAAUAUCAUAGCGCUCCUUCAGCACGCUCUCGCCCGCGACCCCGGAACUUCAUCAAACAUUCUGUUCGUGGGAUUGCGUCACUCGUUCUCCGCGGAACCGUCGCGGGUUAUCAAUGGGCUUGAGGCUCUCGACAUCAUGAUUCCCGCUGGCUCGGUAAUCCACCAACGCGGCGAAUGGACGGCGGCCAUGCCUCACGAUGGCUGCUAUGCUCGCCUAAUCCGUACGAGCGAGCUGGCGCCCACGGUUCGCCACUACCUGCUCAGUCCGUUCCCGGCUCCCAACGGCGCGUCGCUGCAAGUACCCGACUAUCUCGUGCAGAACCUGCGGCGAGGUGAGCUUGCAACCCCGCGCCUCGACCUUGAACUCACGUCCCGCCCAGUUCCCGCUGCACGACGCAACGACUACUACUACAACCGCGUCAUGAACAGCGAGUACUCGAUGUGGGGAGUGGCCUCGCCCUAUGACGAAACCCAGAUAGCGCCCAGGUACGAAUCGUACGAACCUCAGCCACGCGCACAGUUCCCUGAUCGUCUGCCAAACUAUAGUACGCAGAAGAUCAUCGAGGGAUACACGCCCCUGAAGAAGGAUACGGCUGCGCUUAACCCAUCGGGCGGAUCAGUGGAAGACCCAGGUAUGCUAUGGCUGCUUACCGAUCCCAUUUCGGUCAGACGGCUGAUACUGCCGCCAGAAAUGAUGGUCGAAUCGGAGCCGUGCACGCCCAAGCUCUUCGAGCAGCCGCUGAGCCGAGAUCUUCGCUCGCGCGUCGGAGCCUCCACCGACUGGGAUACUGUUCCGCUGAGCCAUCCGCACAACCCCCUCAAGCUCGGACCCUUCCCACGCGUGCUGCAGCAGUGGCUGGAUGACGAGGACCUUGGGCUCAACAUCUCUCUGCGGGUGAUGCUCUUGGUCAUCAGUGACCGCUACGCGCUGUGGCCUUCCAAACGAACUUUCCAGUGGGUCGCCAACGACGCCGUCAACCCGGAUGGCAUCAUCGCGCUUGUGUACCAGGCAAACCGGCUCUACGACCUCCACCUGCGCAACCUACCGGAGUACUACAACGACGACACGUACCGGUUGAUCAAGAGCCAGAUCACGAGCAUCGCCCUCCGCGCGGGAGUCGCUCUCAUCUACUACGACAAGGAUCUCACUCUCGAGCUGAUGGACAAGAUCACCGCAGCUGUUCCGGACUUCGCCCAUGACUUGCACGGGUACAUCGACCACGUCAACUCGAUGAGCCCGCUGUACCAGUCCAGCGCCGAGCGCUCCCGUAUCGCCUCAGCACCUACGAACAGCGUCUUUGCGCUGGACGCAUUUACGGCCGACCACGAGAUGCCACGCCCGUCGCAGUGGAGCAGCUCAAGCUCUGAUGAUGGAGGGUCGGUCUACUCUCCAGAAUCGGCAAGUUCGGGCGACGAGUCGUUGAGGUUGAUCAUGCCGGAAGCGGAGGGAGAAGGAGAUGAGGAUAUGGCGGACGAAUCAAGGACUGGGACCGUGGAGGUAAACAACGCGCUACCAUCACCACCACCGCCCACACUCACGUCUUCGCAGAGCUUCGAGCUUGUCGAGAUGGCACCGGUCACGCCCGCGCCCGCUCAGUUUGCCCGAGAUCGCGAGGUAGGCGAUUGGCUCGAUGACAUCUUCCGACAAGUCACUGAGCAACUGCAGGCCGAACUGGCAGCGGACCCGGCGCGUGCCCGUUCUGCGUCGCCCUCACCUUCGACUUCCCUCGGAGACGAUCGGGCCAAGCUGUCCCCCGUCGCGUCGUAUCUCCCCACUCCCAGCUCAACGCCACCGCCACCUCCAAACGCCGAGCGGAGCUCCUCUCGGGAGACCGAGCACGGCCAAUCCUUUCGUGCCCAAGACUCCGCCACCGAGCACGCCGAGCACGCCACUGUUCCCGUUCCACAACGAAGCGAACCUACCGACGCCACUUCGCAGGGAGCUGCCACCGUGGGAACAGAGGAUGCAGAACUGGAGGAAGUCGAUCCCUCUACCCCUUCCACUCCCGCCGAGGAACCUGACCUCGUAUACGAAGCCGACCCUGCGAUCAACAGGUAUCUAUGCGACGCCAUCGGGUCGUGCACCAACGAGGAGUUUAGACGGGAGUUGGGCGCUCGAAUCGGAUCCGUGCAGGUGCGGCUGUACGAGCAGCGAGAGCGGGAGCGCGAGGGAAUGGAGAUUCAAGGGCCACCGCAUUCAGCUAGCGCUGGAGCUCCGGCUGCCGACACUGUACCUUCCAUCGCGACCCGCACCACCGACGCAGGACCCUAUCGGCCGAACUGCGGUCAGCCCUACGCCCUUCAACGCCUCGAUGACCCCAACAACUUUAUUACUGGCGGUGUCGGCCUUGAUUAUCUUCCUGAUGAGCUGGUCAGUGCUGUGGCUGACCGCCGCGAUUCGAUCAACGCUGUCGACCUUAUCAUCGUGCUCCGCGACGAGAUAGGGCAUAUCGAGUUGAAGGGUUGGACGAGACUUGAACGAUUCACGGCGCACUUCCUCCACCGGUUGGACCACUCGCUCUUCCAAUCCGCCACUCUCGCCGACGACUUAAGGGCCAUUCAGCGCGAGUACGUGUACUAUGUUGGAGACCCGGACGAACUCUUCUUGGAUACGCUCGCGGCCCUGCGCACUCGAGUUCGGCACACGCGGGAAUGGUCAAUGGACUGCCCGCCAAACCCAGCUAUGCGGGACCCGCCCCGGGUUCGCCCUACUGCUCCUGCACCGUCCACUACACGCGAGGUGGGCAUCAAGCUUAGUCCGCCGCCCCCCGUGGCAGCAUCAUCGACUCCGUCCAGCCUCCCUUCGCUCGAAACCAUCGACGACACCUCGGAAACCGAAGAAUGGACCACCGACGACUCGGAUAGCGACAUGGAUCUCUCGGAAGAAGACGAGGAACCCGUCACGCCACCACCGACCAAGGCCGAACCUGUGCCACAGCGCGAAUCCGUCAAGAUCGUAUCGCCAACGCCUCGCCUUACGUCCCCGCUCUCCCGCUUCAGGCUCAACCCGCACGCGGCCGUCUUUGUGCCUCAGGUCAGCCCGGUGCGCGUCUACACUGUGCGAGUACGGUCCCCGGUCGAGCGUGAAGUCAUCGAAAUCUCGUCGGACUCCAGUUCGGACAAGCCGUACGUCUCACCAUCCUCGAAGUGGCGGCCCUUUCCUAACGAACCAACCACCAGCACGGACCCUAGCCCGGAAUCGACUAGCCCAGCGCCGUCCGUCGCGGUGGGUGCACUUCCGCCGCGGGAAGAACGCGAGCCGCUCUUCAUCAGCCUCCGGAAGGUCAACUUGGACGGAUCAAGUACCCCCAGCUCUGCCAGCUCGCGCUCGAGCGAACAGGCACUCGAGGAGGGCGAAAUCGAAGAAGGAAAGGAGAUCCAACGCCCAAGCCAGGGAGGCCGCAAUGGCUCUUCUCCCGACCGCGCCGCCACCCGUUACAACCUCCGCCCGUAUCCCGCACGAGGAAGCGCGCCGGGACUGUAG